AAAAAUUGAAAGAGUUAUGAUUUUUAAAGGUAAGGAAGAAAAAAACGAAAAUGCAAAAACGGAAAAAACCCUGGUCCUUAAGGGGUUAAAUAAAGUACCAUCUUCUGACAAUAUAAGUCAAUAGAUUUUCUUGCUGGUCUAUAUGAAAAUCCACAAGGUGAAAAGCUAUAGAGUCAUGUUCCCUGUGUUCACCAUAGAAUAAGAGCCAAUUCACACAAGGAGACAAAAAGACGCAAAAGAGAAGCAGAAACGCCGCCAGGUCGUGAGGUAACAGCUGACACAUAGAACCGAACACCCUCUGCGCGUCUCCUCAGCACCGGUCACGUGCUCCGCUCACCUGCAGCCUGUUUUCCCGCCUCCCCGGCCACCUGACCCUCAUUGGCCAAUCACAUUGAAGACGGCGCGUGGCCACAGAGCCGAUCCCUAUUGGUCCGCGCUGCAGCUUAGAGGCGUGGCUUCCGGGUGUGACGUCAUCAAGCCGGCCGGGGAGUCUCCUGUUUGGUAAUCAAAAGUGUGGCGUGCUGCCGGUUGUGGUCCCCGAGAGCGCUCCGCUGACGUUGUCUUGGUAACUGUGUAUGACGUCAUGCUUCCCCUGUGAUGAUGUCAUUGUCCGGCCACCCGGACCGGAAGGCGUUCAUCGCUAGGGACGCGGCGGAGCGGCACCGGCUACGGGGUCUCCUCGGCGAUCAGCUCUGCAGGGACCUGCUCAGGCUUUUGAAUGAAGAAAUUCACACAGAUCUCGUCCUUCAUGUCGGACAAACACAAUUUAAAGUGCACACGUCCGUGCUCUGGGCGCGAGCUCCGGGGUUCUACAGACAGGUCAGAGGACUGGACGCAGGAGACGCCGUCACUGUGCACAAUGUGGAGCCGUCUGAAAUGCUGACAUUCCUGAAGUUGGUCUACUCCUCCCCCUGGAAUGUGAAGGAGAGAGAAGAUCACAUUCUUAGGUUGCUAAAAGAUCAGUCAGAGGUCAGCUGCGAUCCAUGCCGCAACGUGCAGCGCACAGCACCUCAAUCUGUGGAAAAUGGGAACAUCCCCUCAAGUCAGGAACAUGGGGUUCAGGGAGAAGAUAGAGAGGAAAACCACAACCAUGACGCUAUAGACCUUUCGGGAUGUGAGGUGUCUUGUGACCUCGGCAAAGAUUUGCUGUCCCUAUUAAAACAAUCCUUUGCUACUGAUGUAACAAUCCAAGUGGAGGAAACUCUGUUUCAUGUGCACAGGGCGAUCCUGUGUGCCAGAUCCUGUUACUUUGCUGCAAUGCUGAGUGGAUGUUGGGCUGAGACUUCUCGAGACAUAAUCAAGAUUCAGGGGGUUAAACAAGCACAUAUGAUGGUCGUCCUGCACUGCAUAUACGGAGGAAUAAUGGACCUUCCAAAAACCAUUGAUCUCGGUCAGAUUCUCACGGUCGCAGACAUGUAUGGAUUGGAAGGGCUCCGAGAAGUCGCUAUAUACACUCUGAAGAGAGACUAUUGUCAUUUUCUCCUUAAGCCUGUAAUCGGGAUGCAGCAGUCCGUCCUGGAGUGUCUGUAUAUCGCUCAUUCCGUGCAGGAGGAGCCUCUGUAUACGUCUUGUAUGCGGUGGAUUGAGAAGUAUUUCGUAAAAUGUUGGUCUGAGAGAAGCUUCGCCAAUUUGCCGGCGGAUUUGCAGGAAAGCUGCCUUAAUGCUCUGGUCCAGUCGCUGUCUUACAGGAAUGCCGCCUUUCUGUUGAUGGAAAGUGACCGUCUGAUCUGCAGUCUCCCUGGGGUGAAGUGGGCAGAAAGGGCCCAGAAUCUGGCAUCAGAACUACAGGAGGAAUGUGUGAAAUUUAUGGUGGCAAACUUCUCGCAAAUAAUAAAAAGCCAAAGUUUUGCUCAUUUGUUGCAGGUAAAAGUUUUUACGUGCAAGAUCCAGGCUCUGCGCGAUAAGCUGUGGAGCUUCCUGGUCCAGUCUUUCUAUGCUGUCCGGCACACCGAGGGCUGGCGAUUGAUGCGGCCGAGCGACCAGGACCAGAUACGAGCAGCCGCCUUUGACAAAGGGGAUGAUAGAAGACUUGCGAAGAAACCCACGUUCACGAGUUCUCAGCAAAUCCGAUCCAAAAGUGUGAAGUUGGGAGAAUCACAGACGGCUGAGAAUAAGAGACUUUCCGACAGCGCUCUGUCCAGUUACAGGAAGAUGAAAUCCGAUUCCUUAGGAGCCUCCGGGCAUACAAACCACAUAACCAGGAAUUCUUCCGGUAAAGGAAAAGAGGACGAUGUGAAAGGAAAGGAUGUAAAGAAAACGGUAACAAAAGGAGCUAAAGAGGCAAAACCAGCAGAGAAAGCGGCCACGGCAAGACCGAAAGUCAGCCUCAAAACCAAAUCCGAAAACCAUGACCAAUCAAAGACUGAAUCCUGCGCUUCCAAAGGUGACACUGCGGCCGGCACAGCCAAACCACCGGCAGCCUCUGCACGGACAGGGACAAGGCCCAAAGUGACUAAUGGGAGCACCAACCCACUGACCAAAGCCAAGGCCUUAAAGAAGUCUGACAAAGAUCCGGCGUCUCCAGUGAAAGGUUGUGUUAAGUCUACGAAUGGCAACGGAGAACUUCCCCACACGAGCUCGUCUUCUGGAGAAAAUGGCCAGGAACAUAUAGCUGAUGAGCAACCGGGUUCGGCAACAAGUUCUCCACCGGUGAAUAAAACUGGGAAAAACAGUCUAGAUUGUUCAAAGGAUUCGGGAGUCGGCACAAAAUCAAAGUCAACAGUGAAGAUUUCCAACGGGACGGCGGCCAAACGCAAGAGCAAUGAGGGGGAGAGUCAGGAGCCCAGAAGCUCUUCAGCAAAAAAGCCUACGGAUGGGGGCAAUGAUCCUGGGCUUCAGAAAAAGAAGGGAAUCAAACUCACUACUUGUGCCGCACAAAGACCAAAAAGUGCCCCGGCUGCUCUGACUAAAAAACAAGGGGACGGCUCUACGAUGCCUAAAUCCGUUUCUUCCAAGCCGCCUGAAGCCAAGCAAGACGCCAAGUCAGUCACUCAGUCUCCCUCCGGAGACAAGCAUGCACCCUUAAAUAAAAAGACUACAAUAAGAACAACAACUACUUCUGCAAUUAAAACACAACUAAAUGUGUCAAGUAAUAAACAUGGAGGUAGUAAAGCCCCGGUCCAAAACCACAAAGAGCCCAAAGCCAAAGUACCAAGCGUUCUUAAAACUUCCAUGGUGAACCAUAAGAGUCAGAAGAGUGUGAGGAAUAACCACAGCCAGCAAGACCCCACUAAACCAGAUGCUCCGGGGAGCCGGGCACCUGUAGUAGAUGAAGGCAAUCAAGCAGCUGCCAGCUGUCAGUCUGUAGAAGAAGCAGGCCAUCUUGAAGGCACGCCAUUGUCUGCACACAAGGAUACAUCAAUGGGUAAUCAAGAGUCUGUGAUACAGAAGCCUAAUAUAGAUCAUUGCCACUGCCAAGAAAAUUCUCCUCCGGCAUCUGUUCUUCUUCAUAGAUCUAAUUCAGAAGACGAUUUGACGGGAGCAAUAAAUGAAACAAAGGCAGCGAUCGCGGGCGGUGCGGGGUCGGGUGAUGUGCUGGAGCAGAAGUCAGACUGUAAAAAUAUCUGUGACUCAGAGAACUCCAGCGAAAGCGAGUUGUGUUCUGUAAAAGAGGUCGAAAGAGUUCCGAAGCCAAAAGAGAGCGAGAACAUGGCCUUUCCGGAAUUCUCUCAGACAUCCAGCGCUAAUUUUCAAAGACGUCAUAACGAUGCGGAAUCACGUUUAAACGGUGCCGACCGGCAACACGCGCCGAACAGCAUGGAACAUUUUAUGAACCGAUCAUCGCCCGGCUAUCAGAGGGAUUUGGAUAUUGAUGAGGUAGCAGAUAGCCGUGUAAAUGAUAUGCAUUAUAUAGGCCAGUGGAAUAAUCAUUUACACGAACGGGAGAGUCCCGAAUCGGAGAGCGGCAGCGCCAGUACGUCCUCCGAUGACAUCAAGCCGAGGUCUGAAGAUUAUGAUGCCGGGGGCUCCCAAGACGACGAUGGCUCAAAUGAAAGGGGGAUCUCUAAGUGUAGCACAAUGCGCUGCCAUGACUUUCUAGGCCGGAGCAGCAGCGAUACCAGUACCCCCGAAGAGCUGAAGGGUUACGACGGGAGUUUACGAAUUGACGUCAGGAUGAAAAAAGACAGUGCAGAGUUAUUCCGUGUCAAUUCCACCAGCGAUGAUGAAGGGCCUAGAAAAAGAAGCGAAGCAUGGCUGCAGAGAGAUGGCCCGAGGCACAGCGCCACUCAUGCGGCUGUCUCCAGCAGCGCCCAGUUCUCUCAGGAGAUCGAACAUCUUUCCUCAUCGGCUGACGAGACCGAAGACGAGCGUUCAGAGGCAGAGAUCGCUGCCGUGCAGGCCCCGCCAGAUACUGCUGUGCAGCCUUUUCAAGGCAUUGUGAAUUUAGCUUUCGAUGACAUGGCCGAAAUGGACGGCGAAAACCAACGGGCGCCUGUAGGCAACACUUUUAUGAGGUCCGUCCUCCUCUCAGUUGACGAGUGUGAAGAACUCGGAUCGGACGAGGGGGAUACCCACCCUUCACGAAAAGCCGCGUCACUGACUCCUCCUGAUGUGUUUGAGAAAAACUCUACAGAUGGCUCUUCCAAGGAAGAUGGCCGACAUACAGAGAGAGCGCGUGAACACGACUCCUCGGCUGCAAAUCAUGAGCUGUCUCAUGAAGGUUCAGUUGCUGGACCGGAAAGUGCAGAAUCCACCUCAUGUAAGGGCCUCUACAAAGCAGAAAGCGAACUUAAGUCUCAGGUGCGGCCGUGCCAUUUAGAUCUGUACACCGAAACGCCCUCCGACGCGCAAAGGUUUUGCUGUACAAAAACCUCUAACGCUUGUAAGAGUCAGUUUCUUGGCAGAGACAACCAUGCGCCUUCCACUGAAAACUCCAACACUGCUUUAUCCGCAGGGCACAUAGAUGAUAUUGACUCAGUGGCACAAACCUGCAUGUAUGACCAUCGUCCUCCAAAGUCCCUUUCUCCCAUCUAUGAGAUGGAUCCCGCUGAUGGCAUUGAGCAGAGGCUGAAGACUGAACCUCGAUUCUUGGAUAUUGAGUUUGAAGAUCAGCAGUUUGUAGAGCGGGACUGGACGCUGCUGAGACAGCUGCUGGCCGAUCACGGAUCAGACGUGGAUAUCAUAAACUCUGUCCCCGAGGAUCUCAGUCUCGCACAGUAUCUGAUCAAUCAGACGUUGCUCUUAGCUAGAGAAAAUUCCAAAUCUCAGGGCAAAGCAUGGGGCGAUCUGUCAUCUCCAUUCGAGGACUCCACCAGUGUCACGGUGACUAGCUUUUCUCCCGACGAGUGUUCCUCCCCCCAUGGAGAAUGGACUAUCCUUGAAUUAGAAACCCAUCACUAGAUUUGCUGUUUUUUUGUGGAUUUUUUUUUCUCUUGUACGGUCUUUAUCAGGAUUUGUUGCCACUAAUGGCUAAAUAUUGUGGAAAAAGCCGUGCAAAAAUGUGGAUCCAAAAAGUUUAGAAAAUACAUCAGUGAGUCCUUUGACUUUGCACAUUGCUUGUAUAGACUUUUAGCCAAUAGACAAGUUUACUGCUUUCUUUUCUGAAGGUACUACAGUUUUUACAUUAUUGCACUAAGCGAAUAUUUAUGACAUAUAUACAAUAUAUAUACAAAAAUUGUACAGUAGCCGUGGCAGAGACCCCCGGAUCAGACUGAGACAAGAAGCGACAGUCACGUGUUCAUUCCUGUAUGUUUAUAAUGAUCGGCGAGUGAAAUGAUGCAAGUCGUGCCAAGGAGCACAGUUUUAUUGGUUUGUUUUUGCUAUGAUUGCUUGAAGACUCUGGGCAUGUCAGGAUUUUUUCUUUUUUCUGUGGUACUAGAUAAUAAAAUAUAAAUUUUGCCUUUGGAUGGGGAAUCAGAUUAAGCAUGAAUGCGCUGUAUUAAUCCAUUGCGAUUUGCUUUCCAAUGCAUCGAAUAGGCCAAAAUGUAAAUAAAAGACCAAAAGGAACAACCUUAAAAUGAUUUCUUAGAUGUGGUGAACGGAGAUAUCGUUGACAAUAUUAAAACUUUUUUUUAAGAGUUA